GGUUACUAAGAAGACAAGGCAGCAGCACAAGUUUGCUCCAGGGCCCCAUUCCAGUUGUUCAUCCUAUUCCUGGAUACAGGCCUGUGUGUUGUUUUUUGCACACCUGCUGUGACACACAUGACAUGUAAGGACUUGUAGGAGCGUGUAAAGCUGAAUUAGAGGGUCGCGCGAUAGUAUCAUGAGAACAGGGAAGUAAAGACGGGAGUAUAGAGCAUAAGGACACGGAUAACCGAGAAAAUACGAGGAGAGAAGCGACUAGAAGGGAACAGAGCAGCUAUGUCAGUGCAGUCCGGCGGGACGUGAUGUUAGCGCCCUCUGUCGGUCCGUGCGGGGGAUGCAAGAAAGGGGCUCCUGGCUCUGUUGCGUUGUAUUUUCCGUUACCGGAGCUUCUCCCCCAGAAGAUGGCUGACCUUUCACCGGUGAUUCAGCCUCACAGGGAAGGGGGCUCCCGGUAUGGUUACACCAUGUUUCCAGGACUCGAGUCUGAAGCCGAAUUGUCCCUCAGCCUGGCCAGCACCAAAACCCGCUCGUACGGGAGCACAGGCAGUGUGGCGGCCCCCCUGGCCGAGAGAUACAUCGAGCACUGCCUCAGCCCGAGCGACACCCUUCAAGGCAUCGCGCUCAAGUACGGAGUCACGAUGGAGCAAAUUAAAAGAGCCAAUAAAUUGUUUUCUACCGACUGUAUAUUUCUGCGGAAAUCUUUGAAUAUUCCAGUUAUCUCAAAGAAGGGCUCCCUGUUUAAUGGACUUGGCUCAUUGGACUCUCCAGAGAAUGAAACCCAGGAUACUUGUAGUUCUCCAACUGAAGAGCCUGCAUUAGCCGAGUCUCAUACUGUCUCUAUAGACAGCUCUGCAAAAACAAAUCAGCCUAUUGUUACGUCAGAUGAAGAGCUGUCAGCCAAGGACUUUCUUCAGAGAUUGGACUUACAGAUAAAGAGGUCUACUCAGGCAGCCCAGAGGCUAAAAGAAGAAGAUGACCUCAGGUAACCUAAAGUUGACAUGACGGCUCCUAUGCAACUUGCUCCUAUCAACACUAAGAAACAAGAAGAUGUGGUCUUAGAAAAGCAAUGGCUGUGGUUCCACAUACACCAAACAUCUAAUCUUAAAGACUUCCGAUGUACAAAUCUAUUGUUGAUAUUUUUACUAUGAUUGCACUGAUUUAUUUGCAAUAGUUCAGUGUCCUUAUAUUGCCUUCAAAUACAUAUGGCAGCCUUUAAAACAUAUAUUUAUAUAUUAAAAGCAAGUCAUUUGCAGGCACUUCAAAUAAACAAUUUGCUGUCUAUUUUGAAUUUAAAAAGGGACACCAAUGACAUAUCCAUACUUUUAUGACAUUCUGUUAUAUGGCUGCAGACUGUAUUACAUUUGCAAUACUCUAUCUGUAUUUUAGUUUCACUGCUCAUUUUAUCAAUGGUUUGGUCACUUUUUUGGGUUGUUUAUCUUUUAUAUUGCUGUUACUUGAGACCCACAAAGGUCUGUUGAGUGCAAAAAACCUUUAGUGUUUCAAUGUGAUUUUAUUGUUCUGACUCAUUCUAUUUUAAAAUAAACUUCUUUCCGUGACUUA